GCGUCGUCUGUUUCUGUUACUGCUCCCCCUCCUCCAUCGCCACGCUCCUUGUCGUUCUGCAGCUCGUUCUCGUUCUCGGCGUUCGUUAUCUAUCGGUCGGCUAAUGGCGCAGACAGGUGCUUUUGACCGUCGGACGGCUAUUCAGCCUGGGCCUCGGCGAGCCGUCCCACAGCGUCUGUUUCUGCUACCUCUUGUCCUCCGCUAUUUCUCUGUCUGCGACUUGUUCUCGUCUCGACUCCGUCGUCUACUUGCUGGUUGUCGGUGUUUCGACGGUUGGAUCGCAGUUCAACCCCUGGCCAACCUGCACGCUUCGUUUGCUCCCUCGACCUCGUCUCCACUCUCUACGGCUCGUAACCUAUUGGUUGGUUGUUGGUGCGGCCUUGGAUCAUGGGCUCGUCGUUCAGGCCUCAGGUACCAUGAUAUAUAGCUCCUUCGGACAGUAUAGCUCCUUCGGACGAUUGCACACUGACAGCGGAGAUCUCAUCCUUUUCACCUUCAAACUUUGCAUGUAGACAGGCAAUGAUGUUGCCGAUGUAUUACAAGAUUUGACGCAGAUCAAAUGACAGGAAAGAGAGAUAAAAAUCAUUUACGCCAGAAUCUGACAUGACGCAAGUGAACACAACACAACAACUUGACUAGAUUCGC